UUAUGCUAUUUUCCAGUUAAUGGGGAGGCACAUGCCUGCAUGUGGAUUAAAACAUAACCUUUUUUUCAUUCCACCUGUUCUCCGACUCGGGGAGAGGGGCGGAUAUUCCGCAUCCCCGUCCUCCACCCCGCCCGCCUCUGCACUGGAGGGAGAGACCAGGAGGAGAACCGCAGACCGGCAGGGCGGAAGGAAGGGACAGUGAGGGGCGAUGGCGGCCGGUGCAGGUUGCGGGGAGUCGGUGGAUCAGUACCGGGCUGAGGUGGAGCGGCUCGCCCAGGAGCUAGGCGAGGCAAACCGGGAGAAAAUCCGUGCGGCGGAGUGCGGGCUGGUGGUGUUGGAGGAGAACCAGGAGCUGAAAGUCAAAUGUGCGGAGCUGGAGAGCGAACAGGAGGCUCUGAGGAAGGAGUUGGAACAAUUACAGGAGGCGUUUGGCCAAGCAUACAGCAACCAGCGUAAGGUGGCCGAGGAUGGCGAGAGCAACGAGGAGACGCUGCUGCAGGAGUCCGCCUCCAAGGAAGCGUACUACACGGCUCGUAUGUUGGAGCUGCAGACAGAGCUGACCUUGAGUCGUUCUGUGGCUUCCAAUGCGCAGUCAGAGAGCGAGAGGCUCAACAUACUCGGACAGGAGCUGCAAGAGAGCAAUGACAUGCUGGAGCUCCAGAGGAGCAGGAUGCGGGAGGAGAUCAAGGAGUAUAAAUUCCGAGAGACCCGUCUGCUCCAGGAUUACACGGAGCUGGAGGAAGAGAACAUCACCUUGCAGAAACUGGUCUCUACGCUUAAGCAGAGCCAGGUGGAGUAUGAGGGUCUCAAACAUGAGAUAAAGGUGCUGGAGGAGGAGACGGUUCUUCUGAACAGCCAGCUUGAAGACGCCUUGCGACUGAAAGAAAUCUCUGCGGGACAACUGGAGGAAGCUCUGGAUGCCUUGAAGAAUGAGCGUGAGCAUAAGAACAAUCUGAGAAAGGAGCUGUCCCACCACCUCAGCCUGAGUGACAGCGUCUACGGAGCGGGCGCCCAUAUUGCCCUCACUGUCACCGGUGUUGAAGGCCUCAAGUUCCCGGAGGAGGCCAACGGAAGCGGUGACGCCAACGGCAGCACCAACGGCCCCAUUCCUACCGCCAACGGCAACAAUGAGGACUGCAAUCGGCACAACGGCCACCUCCACAAAGGCGCCGUGUUGACAAAAUUGAACGGAGACUACCGACCUGGUCGAAAAAGCGAAAGUCUGCUCCCGGUGCCAGAUCUGUUCAGUGAGCUCAACCUGUCUGAGAUGCAGAAGCUGAAACAGCAGCUAAUACAGGUGGAGCGUGAGAAAGCAGCUCUGAUCAUGAACCUGCAAGAGUCGCAGACCCAGCUGCAGCACACACAAGGGGCCCUGACGGAGCAGAGCGAGCGCGUCCAUCGUCUCACAGAGCGCGUCAACACCAUGAAGCAUCUCACCGGCGGCAUAGAGCUGGAUGACUCCCAGGAGAGUGAGAAACCUGCGGGGGGCUCGCGGUCGCCACAGGCUAAUGGUCAUCAUGAUGUGGCCGUACACGGCUUUGAGGUCCUGGAGUGUAAGUACAAGGUGGCCGUGACUGAGGUGAUCGACCUGAAAGCGGAGCUCAAGGCCCUGAAGGAGACGUACAACCAGGCUGUGGAAGGGCAAGGAGACGCUCACUGUGACGACAGAGUUCAAGCACUGAGCGAACAGAUAACUCAUUUGGAGAGAAGCUGUCGUGAAGGCCGCGAGAGGGUGGCCAGCCUGGAGGCGGAGCUACGAGUGGCCAGCAGCACGGCCACAGAGAGCCAGGCCAUGCUGAACACGGCGCAGGACGAGCUGGUGACCUUCAGCGAGGAGCUGGCCCAGCUUUACCACCAUGUGUGUCUGUGCAAUAACGAGACGCCCAACCGCGUCAUGCUCGACUAUUACCGCCAGAGCCGAGUCACACGCAACGGCAGCGUAAAAGGCUCAGAAGACCUCCGAGCUUUACUCACACCUCGCCUGGCCCGACGCUUGGCCGCAGUCUCGGCGCUCUGCUCCUCCGAGGCUCCCCGUAGUCCCAUGGACUCCCCGUCUAAAGACGCCCCCGGUGACGCCAGCGCCAAUUCGGUGGACUCGCCGGCUCACCACGGCAGCCCCAGCCGCAACUCCAUCGCCGCCAUUCUCGCCAGCAUGUCUCCUUGCCCGUCACCAGUGCCGUCCGAUGCUGGGGCAGACCUGCGGAAGGAGCCCAUGAACAUCUACAACCUGAACGCCAUCAUCAGAGAUCAGAUCAAGCACCUGCAGAGAGCCGUCGAUCGCUCUCUACUGCUGUCCAGGCAGAGGGCCGCAGCCAGAGAGCUGGCGCCCUUACUUGAUAAGGACAAGGAGUCAUGUAUGGAGGAACUCCUCAAGCUCAAGUCCCUGCUCAGCACCAAGAGGGAGCAGAUAGCCACGCUCAGGCUGGUUCUGAAGGCCAACAAACAGACAGCCGAGGUGGCGCUGGCGAAUCUGAAGAGCAAGUACGAGAACGAAAAGUCCAUGGUGACGGAAACGAUGAUGAAGCUGAGGAACGAGCUAAAGGCUCUCAAAGAAGACGCCGCCACCUUCUCUUCUCUCAGGGCCAUGUUUGCCACCAGAUGCGACGAGUACGUCACCCAGCUGGAUGAUAUGCAGAGGCAGCUGGCAGCAGCGGAGGACGAGAAGAAGACGUUGAACUCUCUCCUCCGCAUGGCCAUACAGCAGAAACUGGCCUUGACACAACGCCUGGAGGAUCUGGAGUUUGACCACGAGCAGAUCUAUAGAGGCCGCGGCGCUAAGGUGCCCAAGAUAAGAAGCAGCCCUCCCAAAUUUCUUAUAGAUUGUCAGCAGCCUGCUUCCUCAGUAUCGUCACUCUACCCACAACUAAGGCGAGGGAGAACCUCCCUAGGCCGCAGUCCCAGAUUUAGGCCUGGCUUCCAGGAACACAAAGCAGUUCUGUUCAGCAGCCGGAUCCCUCUCUCACCUUGUGACCUAAGGAACUGCCUGGCCCUUCGACCCCAGCCCCCUUAGCACCUAGCCAUGUUCUAGGCACUGAACCCAGGUCCAGUUGGGAGUGGUGUAACAACUCUGCCAUCUUGCAGCUCUCACUGGACUCCAUGACAGCUCCCUGUGUCACAAGCAGAGGAAGUGACAAAUGAAUAGACUAUUUACCUUAUUUGUAUUUAUUAGAACUGACCCAUGAUGGUGAGUAUUUAUUUAUUGGAUAUUUAUUAUUACUUUUUUCCUGUUGGCUGCUCCUUCCUUAAGUGUGCCGCAGUAAAACGCCGUAUUAAACUGUUGGUCUAAAACUGCUAUAGAAUGCAUUUUAAAGUUGGCUAUAAUAGAAGAUUGGAUUGAAACCACCUUCAUAACCUCACUAGUCUUCUUUGGAUGCUUUUUUAUAUAGGUGUUUUGCAAAGCAUGAGAUUUUUUUAUAACUUAUUUUAUUUUAUUUUUAGAGAAUUGUCGAACUUAUUUCAUUAUAGACAGAGGCAGAUGUUUGAUAUCCGGCUGCCAGUUUAGUUUUUAUUUAUUGUAGUUAUUUAUUUCUCUUUUGAGUUGCACAGGUUCAAGUGACCAUGUGGGGACCAGUUGUAAACAACGUUGUCUUCUUCAGAUGUGUGCCUCUUCUUGAGUUACCGCUUAAUAUUGUACUGGAAACACGUGUUGUCAUUUCUUUUGAAGUUAUUUCACUCUUUUUGUCUUUACUCGGGUUGGAAAAAAAUCCUGGCAAAUUUCCAUAAACGUUCUAUGGGAAUGUAGGAAUUGUUUGACACUUUCCAUGAUUUAUUGGGAAUAUAUGGACAUUCACUUCAAUAUGCAGGACAUUUAUACAAACCGGAUCCUCUAAUAUUAUAUUUUUUUUAGUUCUGUUGGACAUCAAAUGUGCUGAAAGUAGAAAAGCAAACCUAUGCCAGGACCUAUCUUCAGAUAGUAAAGAAUCCUAAAGCCAGACUGAUUCGGAUCACCUCCAAAUCAAAUUACUUGUUCCUUCUCCUAUUUCUCACAUUUCCUGAAAGUUUCAGCAAAAUCCACCUAUAACUUUUUGAGCUAUGUAUCCAACUAACUAAUCCAGCCCCCGUCCUCUCCAAUUUUUGCUUUGUACGUCCAAAAUGCUUCAUAGCGUUCCAUAUGCUUCCUGUGCCUGGUUGCUUUGCGUGCAUGUCUUUGCUGCACUCAUUUUGUUGCUUUCCAUAAUAGAGGAGAUUUCACCUGCACUUUGCCUGCUGUCUCAGCAUCCUGGGGUCCAGACCAACACCACCAAACACAGAAUGUAACAGGUUGCACAUGCGUACUCUGCGUGAAUGUGUUUGCGGGUGUGCCAAGUCAACCGCGGGCGUAGAAAGCGCAAACUACCGACUGCGGCAUUUGUGUUUUGCUUUAUUGUGAGGCCAGAAAAUCAAGCCCAAAUAAGCAAUCACAUGUUCAAAAACAAGCCCAAAAAUUGCGACCUGCGACUCACAAAAUUUCUAAGCGACAAACAAAACAAGCCCAAAGUUGCUGAUAAUAAGCGGACUUGGCAACGUUGCCCACAUGUGAACAUAGAGACGCCUUUUUGAAUUAUGUUGCUAACUAACAGACUAACAAAUAAACCCGAAUGAUAACAAACGUGUCAUAUUGUUGCUGUCUGAUGAAAAUAAGUGUUUAAUUUUUUUAAAUAAAACCCAAAUUAUUUCUAACUAAGUUUU